UGUGAUUCUUACGAGAGGGCUCUAAAUUGCAACUGAUACGAUCACCAAUGCGACUAACAUUUUCUCCUUGGCAACUAAAAAAUAUGGUUUAGUUGCCACUGUGGCGACCAUAUUUCUAGAGCUAUUAUUUAGAUCUAAAUCAAGGGAGUAAAGUUAAAACAAACAUUUUAUCUUAGCUUGCUUUGCUUUUGUCAUAAGCCAGUUUACCUCCAAAUUUAUACUGACUUCUGUCCGAGAUAUUUUCAAACAAUCAAAUCUGAUGGCUUGCGUCCUACUAUGAGCUGCAUCAUUUACAUCAAACAAACUGGCAACUAAAAAUCUGCAUCUGGCGACCAUAUUUCUCCAGUUGGUUGCCAAAAGGCGACCUGAGGAUUUUUUUAAUUUUGAGCCUUGUAGGACAAUAGCUUUCUUAUAGUUACUUUAGGUUUUAGUGUGGGAACUUGGCUAAUGUGCAUAAGUAAUUUGUUUUCUUUCCCAUAGUUAGCCACUAGGUCUUAUAAUGCUUUCCUUUUUUGUAUAUUUGGGCAUUUUGAUGAUUGCAUAACAGUUGGGUUUUCUUGCUUGUACUCUUUAGUUUUAUUUACUUUUGUUAAGCAUACCGUUAUCUGUAAACAUGCAAUAUAAGUCAUUUUUUAAUCUAGUAUAAGUGCAUUAUGCCAAAGCUUCAUUGGCUUUUUGUACUAGGAUAAGACAUAUUCACUGAUAUCUCUUUCUUUUAACAGACUGUCUGCCUCUGGGAUAUUAGCACUGUUGCAAAGGUAUAGCAUGUCCUUACUACAUGUAUUUUUGGUAGAUAGACAACUACACUGUGUAAAGGACAAACCGUCUCUGACUGCAUUGUUUUUUUCCAUUUAAAAUGAACAAAUUUAUUAUUUUGUGUGCAUUGGGUUGUUCCAGAAAAAAUCCACACCCCCCCGACGGAUGGGAUUCUGGAAAUUCUCGUGGGAGGGGGGGUCGAAGACUCCGGAAAUCCAGGCGGGAGGGGGGGUUGACCUUAAAAAAGUCUUCUGCAGGGGUCAUUUCGACCGAUAGUUGAUACAAAUCAAACGUUUAGUUCGAUGACACUUAAGCGCUUUCAGACCCUGAAAAUAGUCAAAAUGUUUUGUUCAUAUAUUUCUCAUUUGACAUAAAUGAUAAUCUAAGUUGCUUUACAGGUCCUUUUAUAGCAGAAAACGCGAACAAGAUACUAAAGAACGGGCCUGAAGGAACUCGUCCGCAACGUUGUUGUCACGAAGAGCGUCAAACGCCUGACACAUUUCUACUGCGUACCCAGAGCCUGCGCGCCACAGUGUAUAACUUUGAAAUCUCGGUUGUUUGGUGUAAAUACAAAAAAAAAAAACAACUGAUUCACGUUCGCAUUCGCACUUUGUAUUUUUUAAGGUUUACUUUUUAAAUUAUCAGCCUAGUUUGCCUCUUUUUCAAAUAUGAAAAAAUGUCCCCAAAAAUUAAUAGUUUUUUUGAGAGAACAAAACAAACAGGCACCAAAUCUGCAAGAGCCUGGUGAAGAAUUUGUUCAUAGCGGACUUUGUACUUGGAUGAAUCUGAAAGCCAUCUUAAUCCGGUUUUAAAAUAAUUCGUUGGAUGAACAUGUUAAAAUUUCAUUUCGUGAAUGGGAGCUAUUUCAAGUGCUUUUGUCUUGGCUGCAUUCUCUUCAGCAUGACUGUUGCCUCUCCGAUUUAAACAAAAGUUUUAAACGACCUUUGUAACUAUGGCGGACUAUAAAGAAAGCUGUUUAUAACGCGAAUUUGAACUUCCCUUCCAGUGCACAGUAGAACUACAGAUCUUGAAGGUAGGAUGUGCAAAUGAAGUCAUCCAUUCUGCCGGCUGCCUUAUGUCUCGUAAAGGAAUGGAUAUUCAUAUUUAGCGCAAAGAAAGAAAAAGGUCACUGAUUUUUAUAAGCUAAGAAAUUAUGUAAACAGUCGUUCAGGUGUUGUUCGCAUUUUUUUUUUUUUGCUCCUUUCGUUUUUUUAGUUCCACGCGAUAGAAUUCUUAGUUUAAUAUAAGCUGAAGCUUUAGAAAUUAAAACAAAAAACAUUUAGACGUGUUUUGCGUGUAUUUUCCAUUAAAAAUAAAUUAAAUUUAAGCCUUUUAUUUUUUUCCGGAAAUCCAGGCGGGGGGGGGGUCUUCCACUUUGGAAAUCCAGUUGGGAGGGGGGUCUUGUGCUUCAGGAAAUCCAGGUGAGAGGGGGGGUUAAAAAAGGACCCCAUCCGUCGGGGGGGUGUGGAUUUUUUCUGGAAUAACCCAUUCUAUGUUUUUAAUAUUUACUCUAGGAAGCAAAGACUAUGGAUGCUUUGAGAGUAUUUACUGGACACACAGCUGUUGUUGAGGUACAAACUUUAUAAUGAAUGCAUUUUCAGCAAAUACCAAAAACCCAGUGAAGUGUUAUUACUAGAGGCUGCAUAUUGGAAGUGAAGUGCUGCCUCAAGCUUGUUUUCAUCUACAUGUAUUUUGAUCUAUGAGUUUUAAAUGCAAAACAGUUUCAAAUAAUUAUACGUUGGGUGGAGUUAGAGAGACAGUUUCAGUGAACACUGAAACAGGGCCUCAAGAUGAGAUCAAAUGUUGGUGUGUAAACUACUAGAUAGCCUUUUGCACUUCUACAGGGAAAAUUUUAAAGCAAGUUUUAUUUCCUAUUUCUUGGUUAUUCCCUAACAUGUCUGUGUUGUUAUAGGAUGUAUCAUGGCAUCUUUUGCAUGAGAGUUUGUUUGGUUCAGUGGCAGAUGACCACAAGCUUAUGAUGUAAGUUAAUUGUACUGGUGAUGUAUGUCUAAUGUGGCUCUCUACUGUGUAAAGCAUCUAUAAGCAAGUCUUAUAGUAAAAACAAAGAGUUACACAUGUACUUUUUCUGGAAGGUAGUUGCAGCCUCUGUUUAUCAACACUGAAAAUGUUGAAAAACCAAGUAAAACUACCAUGUAAGGGUAAUUAAAAAAGUUUUCUUUUUAAUUUUUGGCUCUAGGAUUUUUUUAUAUAAAAUUGACUAAGGAAUUAACAGCAAGACCAGUAGCUUUCACUAAAGUUAUAUUUUAAUAUUUUUACACAGCUGGGACACACGUUCAACCAAUGCCUCCAAAGCAACUCACACUGUAGAUGCUCAUACUGCAGAAGUAAGUACCAACAAAAUAGUAGGAGUGCUUGGAACAAAGCUCCAAGUGACUUCUGAUAAAUCACUAAAUUCUCCUCCCAAUUCACCUUGUACAUUAUUGUAAAUCGUAUAGAGAAACUUCAUAUUCAUGCCAGAGUUACUUAAGACCUUAUUCCAUGAACCCUUUCUACAAAAUAAUCCCAAGUCAAGUAUGACGUGGUUAAAAACUUCAGCUAGCAGGUUCUAAACUAGUUGAUUAUUAAACAGCAUGGCUGAAGAGUUUAGCUUGGGACCAUGCAUCUAGUGUUGGGGACCAGCAGAUUGCAAGUCUGGUGUCCUACAAAAGCUGCUUCAACAAAAAUUACUUUUGAAUGCUUUCCACAGAAGCUUGUGGCCAUCAGUUUAAUAUUAUGCCAAUUUAUUGUCCUUUUUUUUAGGUAAAUUGUCUAUCAUUUAAUCCAUACAGUGAGUUUAUCCUUGCAACAGGAUCUGCAGACAAGGUAAAAAAACAUCUCUGUACAGAUACAAGGUUCAAUACAGCUGGUAAUAAAAAAAAUAAAAUGAGGCACUGAUACAAAACUGUGACAAAUUUAUCUAGCAUCCAACAUUGAAGCCAGAAAAUGCCAAGGUGUUCCCUUUCAAUGGAUACAUUUAGUUGGUAGAGUGCUGGCCUGCAGUGCCAUAAGUCCCAGGUUCAAUUCCCAGGGCUAGACCAGUAGUACUCGAGGUCCUAGUAGAAAAAUUACGGGAGGAAGAAUUACUUACUACCUUUUUCUUGCAAAUGGCUAGACCUAAUUCACAUAACUUGGACAUGCUAAAUACAUUAGGGAGCUUAAUUAAGCAACCAUGAUGGCUUUGAAACGUCACUUAAAGGGUGAAUUUGCUCUGCAGUAUUAAACCUCAUUGCUCUUACCGGUAAUCUUUCUCAGUCAAUUUGUCAUUUAUGGUGGCAAAUUUUUCUGAAGUUCUGUUCUUGUGUUUCAAAAAAGAAAAGUUUGUGUUUACUUCCUCCUUGAAACAUGAAAGUGGUUAUUUUCUCAUCCUAGCCAUGUAACUACUGCAAAAGUGUGAUGCAUGUGCAAAGUUGUAAUUUUGAUAAUGUUUUCUCAGCUGAGCUCCUUGUUGACACGCAAAUUAAGUACCGUAAGUUAAGUAGGGUGUGUGUGUCAGUUCAACUUAAAAUUCAAUUCCCUUUCUCAGUAGACUAGCUUUAGAUCUGCUGACUUAACUCUAAGGAAUCACCAUUCACGUCAGGUUCAUAAGUAAUAUUUAUUGCUUUUGUUUGUGUGUAUUCUGUACAUCGCAGACUGUCGCUCUAUGGGAUCUACGCAAUCUCAAGCUUAAACUACAUUCAUUUGAAUCACACAAAGAUGAAAUAUUCCAGGUAAGCCAUUUACUGACGUUAUUGUAAAAAAGCAUGCACACAAUUGACUUGUGGUUGUUUGAAAGUAAUACAGUAAGGAGAAGUGCCACUCAAUUUGUCAUAUCACUCCACUCUACUAUUGGCAUCUGAAGUUGAUCUGAAGUAUUUUGAAGAAUUCUGACCAUUUCUGAAAUUGACAGGAAAUUGUUUUUUUCCAAAAACUGAAAAUGUUAUUUUCAUGUCUUAAAACCUGACUGAUGCUGUACAGGUUUGCUGUAAAGGCACAGAUAGACAAACUUGAAGUAGUUUAGAACAGAUUGCAAUAGUAGGUUUUUUCUCAAGUUCAUUUUUGUUGUUCGUAAUGUUAGAAAUAAAUAUACUCGUGAGGUAUAAUUUGUUGGGCAAGAAGCUGUGAUGUUAUCAUAAUGAUUUAAAAGUAUUUUCUUUGCCAAUGUUAAAUUCUAGAGCACAUAAGAAAUCAUAAUUGGCAAUAUUGACAAAAUGAACUAUACGGUCAUGACAUUCUUAUUGAGUGUCUCUGAACAUGUUUAUGUUUAAUGUGAUCACAGGUUCAGUGGUCUCCUCAUAAUGAAACAAUUUUAGCUUCCAGCGGCACAGACCGUAGACUACAUGUAUGGGACUUAAGGUACAGUUUUAUUGCACAUGUAGCUCAUGUUGCUGUUUUACUCGUAAGGGCAGCAUAAUUAUGCAAAAUUUCAAGUUUGUAAAAUGUUGAGUAGGAUAUUCUCCCAUGCACCCCACAGUCCAGAGAACCUGCUUGCAAACUUAUCACUCUUCAUAUACUGCUAGAUCAAGGCCUGUGCUCUAAGAAAAAUUGAAGGCAGCUCAGUGCUCUGAACAUGUGAAAUCCAGGAUGCCCAGUAUAUGAUUUCUAGGAAAAAACUAAGUUCUUCAAGUCUCCCGGGAUUAAAAGGCCUCUGGGUGCUGUUAGAGGACUUCUAUAUUUCUGCAUUAAUUUGCCUUUUAUAUGUUUGUGAGUCAAGGAGAAAAUUUGAUUUUAGAUCAGAAGUAAAUUGAGGCCUCAGUCCGCAUCUUCAUUCAUUUGCUCUUUGAGUGAAUUGAACAGAAAGGUGGUUUGUCUCUCAUGAAACUCUUGUAGUUUGACAGAAUGUUUGUCCCUUGUACUUUUUACUAGGUGGGAUGUUUUGCUUUAUUUAGUGUGCAUUUUGGGAUUGCUUUUUCUUUUCCUUUCUUAUUUCUUUGUUUUUUCCUUUGGUCACUUUUCAAAUUGGUACUGAAGGUGUCAGAGACUUCGCGCACGGAUUCUGGUUGCAUUGGCCUGCAGGUGACCCUGAAAGAUUCACUGUUGCACUCAAUGGCUGAAAAAAAAAAAAGAAAAAAAAAACCACUGGUACCCAGAGUACAAUAUUUUGGAAACAAGGGUUCGAAAGGCAAUUAAUUAAUUUGUUUUUUUAUUGACUCUUGUAGUAAAAUUGGUGAAGAACAGUCAUCUGAAGAUGCAGAGGAUGGCCCACCAGAACUUCUGGUAAGUAGCACGUCACAUGCCCCGGUUAUCGCAGUGCAUCUGUUACAACUUGGCUGAAAUAUUUUAGCUGCAGUUGUAUUAAUUAAGUGUACUGUUGAACCCAGUACUGUUGAGAAGAUCAGUAGCUCUCCAGACAUGGUCUGUGAUUGGAGAACGAAACAACAGAUGAUUUAACCCAAACAAUACCCCUAGCUAGCCCUUAAAACAAACGAAGCUACUGCUUAUUUAGGCCAAUGAAAAUCGAGUUCUGGAAGAGCUACUCCACUACUUGUACUGUUGAACCCAAAUACAGAAAAGAAGCUUUGGACGUUUUUCAUUUAACUUGUGGUUAUCAAAUCCCAAACACUGGACUUCAUCUUUGUGGGCUACUAAACUAGUGCAUUACGUCAAGAAUUUUUUAUUUGCCUUGAUUUAGUCUUAUCUAUUCUUCUGUUUUCCUUUUUUAGUUUAUUCAUGGUGGUCACACAGCGAAAAUUUCAGACUUUUCAUGGAAUCCUAAUGAACCGUGGGUACUCUGUAGUGUUUCUGAGGACAACAUCAUGCAAGUUUGGCAAAUGGUGAGCGUCAAACAAAACCUGCGUUAUUUCCUUGGUUUCUUCUUGCUCAAACUUUGACAAAUGGCAAAAUGAUAAUAACACAAUAAAGUGUUUAGAGUAUUAAGAGCAUGAGUAGGUGUACGUAAGGAUCGUCAAUUCUCGGGGGGUGGGACUUCGCAUAUGAAGGUGGUACGGAUGCUCGUCGUCUCGCUUAGGGGUGUAAAUUUCGGAUUUUGGUCUCACUUAGGGUGUUCUGGGCAAAACGCCAUCAUAUUUAGCCGUGAAGGUCUCGUUUAGGGUUGCACGCGAAAAAAUGUCAAAAACAUAUAUUUGAUAUGUAUAUUUUUAAUUCGUCUUAUUUACUCCAUUCAUAUAAUCCAAGUUUUCUAUAACAUCAAUACCUAAAGAAGACGUCUUUGUCCAUUGUUUUCAUUUGUCUGUGUUUUAACAUGGUCUCUUUUAGGGGUCAAAAAAAGCUUGGGCCACGCCCAGAUCGGUCUCUUUUAGGGGUUUAAUUCAAAAUUUCCGACGAGCAUCCGUACCACCUUCAUAUGCGGAGUCCCCCCCUCCCCCCCGGGCGUCUAUUAGACUCGAUUUGUCUUUUUGGGGCGAGAUGACCGUAAACCGUACGUACCAUAAACUAAUGUUAUUGUAAUACAUGUAAUUGCCAUAACACAACACAUUUUCCUAUUUUAGGCUGAGAACAUUUACAAUGAUGAAGAACUCGACACACCUGCGGCAGAAUUGGAACCGGGGGCGUCAUAA